AUAAUACGUUAUACAUGUUUGUCUUUUUGGUCUUCUUCUCUCUCUUGUAGUCCCUAGGGUUUUUCAAUAUUGAAUCUGACUCAUUUCAUCACCCUUGACUCUCAAAUCUCCCUCCUUUUGCCUCCUCCACCGCUGCCUGUUUCUUCAGGUUGUUGCCGCAUUUCUAUUUUGGAUCUCGUUUUACUCUUGUAGCUGUUUUUGCAUUUGUGUACAGCUUUGUAUUUUGGGAUCUACCAACUUUCUGCGCAUUUUAUUUUUACUGUGGAGAAACUCGGUUUAGGUGUUGCAUUUUGGUCUGAAAUUACGGUUUUGAUUGAUAGUAUGAGCUUUUGAAUUCAUGUAUCAAAGAAAUUCCAGAGGAUAUGCGCCAUGGAUUCAGAUCUAUGAAAUUCCUGAUAACUGAAUUAGAAUAAACUUGCAAGGAACAUCCUACUUUUUCUCUGUUUACUGUGUUCAAGUGAAUUAGUGAGGUGCAAGUAACCUGUCAAUGGGUUCAUUUCGGGGUACUUGUGAAAUUGUGGAAGCAGGGGAAGAGGUGAAUUCAAUUCAGCGUUCUCAAAGAACUUACCAGCCAAACCCUGGAUCAACUGCAGUUGACAACGAUCGGAAGCUUCCUGUGCUGAAAUUGGCAUACAAGGAAUCUCUAGAAGAUGAUAUUAAUCAGCUUUUUGAGGCUAUCAGUCUUAGAACUUCAUCCAAGGGUUCAGGUUUUUCGCCUGAUGUAGGGACAAGUGCAAGCCCAUUGCGAAAAAAUGCUUUGAAGAAACCAAUUAGUGUACCCCAAUCACCGCGAAUUGGAACUUCAGAAUCAGUCUCUCUGAAGCAGGCAUUAAGGGAACUUUGCAUCACUAAGGCGUCUGAAAUGGCUGCUAUGAAACGACUUUCAAAAUCAUCUGGUUCUCCAGGGGUAUCAGAAGCCAUUAGGAUAAAGAGCUUGUACAAUGCAAAGGUAGUUGAAGCUGCCAGUGGAUCUGGCCAUCAUCUAGAUGAAGCUAAGGGGAGUAUGCUUGAAAUAUCUCUGGUGCCAGAAGAUAGCCCAUCAACUUCUGCUUGGAUGGUACCACAGGCAACUCAAUUGCUGAAGAUAAAAACUUCAAACCAAAGUGGUUAUCCUUCUCCUCGGUUAACUGCUCCAACCAUGCAAAAUGCUACAGGGAAUACCCGAAGUGCUCAUUCUUCACCUCGGUCUGCUGUUUUGACAGUGCAGAACACUACAGAGACCAAAUACAGUGCUCGAUCUUCACCUAGGUUUGCCAUUCCCACGACAAACAAUAGUAUUGGGUCUAGCCAGACUGCUCAUUCUCCUCGAUUUGCCAUUCCAACUAAAAAUAGUCCCAAGACCACAUUGGUGCAUGAUGAAAUUGUUUCUGCAUCAAACAAAAUUGGAACUCAAGCUAUAAAAACAGAAAUAACACAGAAAGAGAAGCAUGCACCUGAAUCUUCUUUAUUUUCUAGUACUGUUGACAAGCAUGAGUCAGAGAAAAAGGAUACAGGCCCAACCAAAUCAGCAAACAGAGCAUCGGCAGUAAAAUUGGGGAGGAUAGGCAGGCUUCGUGUUGUACCUUCUUCAGGCUCAAUUGAUGGCAAUAGGGUAAGCAAGCUAACAAGAAAUACUACCCGUAUGGCUAAACCAGCCCUCAGGAACAAGAGUUCUAUUAAGAAGAAAGCAAAACGAGAUUCAACUUCAGUUGCUCCCAGUUCUAAUACACAGAAUGAAGUUAAAAGGGACUUGGACCCUAGUACCACUCAAUUGGUGUGCCAGAGAUGCCAGUGUGCUCUAAAGAAUGCAAGUAAUCUAAUCGAUCAAGAUUCUUCAGUGUCCAACUUGGUGGGCAGUACUGCUGAAGUUGGGUCCAUUAAUGCAGAAACCUUUACAAGUGAACUGGACUUUACUGUGGAUAACAGUAAUGGAAGCAAUGCUGUAGUUGUGAAAGCAAAAAAGAUCACAAAAUCAAGAGAAAAGGGAGAAUUUUCCCAGAGUUCUAAAAGUAGCCUUGGUGAAUAUAGUAGUAGUACAAGCAACAGUUAUGAUAGCAAUUUAAGCCGUUCCAGUUGUGGUAAUCGGCCUCACAUGUCUAAAGAUGCAAGGUGGGAAGCAAUCCAGCAUGUUAGGAUGCAGCAGGCAGCCUUAGGGUUAAGACAUUUCAAUCUCUUACAGAAGCUUGGUUGUGGAGAUAUAGGGACUGUGUAUCUGGCUGAGCUAAUUGGAACAAGUUGCUUAUUUGCUAUAAAGGUUAUGGACAAUGACUUUUUAGCAAGAAGGAAGAAGUUGCCAAGGGCCCAAGCCGAAAGAGAAAUAUUGAGAAUGCUCGAUCAUCCUUUUCUCCCUACACUAUAUGCCCAGUUUACAUCAGAUAAUUUAUCUUGUCUUGUUAUGGAAUACUGCCCUGGUGGAGACCUGCAUGUCCUUCGGCAAAAGCAGCCUGGCAGGAGUUUUACUGAACCAGCAGCAAGGUUCUAUGUUGCUGAAGUUCUCCUUGCUCUGGAGUACUUGCAUAUGCUUGGAGUUAUUUACCGGGAUUUGAAACCAGAGAACAUUCUGGUUCGAGAAGAUGGCCACAUUAUGCUAACAGAUUUUGAUCUGUCCCUCAGAUGUUCUGUAAAUCCAACUCUUCUGAAAUCCUCAUCAACGAAUAUGGAUCCUGCAAGGUUAUCUGGUCCAUGCACUGAAUCUAACUGUAUCCAGCCUUUCUGCAUUGGGCCCAAAUGUCAAGUUCCAUGUUUCAGUCCUAGGUUUUUACCUGCUACUGCAAAAAGAAGAAAGUCGAAAGAUGACCCUGUGGCCCAGAUCCGAUCAUUGCCACAGCUUGUGGCUGAGCCUACUGAUGCACGAUCAAAUUCAUUCGUUGGAACCCAUGAGUACUUGGCUCCUGAGAUCAUCAAAGGAGAGGGUCAUGGAGCUGCAGUUGAUUGGUGGACAUUUGGUAUCUUCCUCUAUGAACUUCUAUAUGGGAAAACACCCUUUAAAGGUCCCAUGAAUGAAGAAACAUUAGCCAAUGUGGUGUUUCAAAGCCUGAGGUUCCCUGAUAGCCCUCUGGUUAGCUUUCAGGCAAGAGAUCUCAUUCGAGGGCUGUUGGUAAAGGAGCCGGAGAAUCGGUUGGGAUCACAAAAAGGGGCUGCUGAGAUAAAGCAGCACCCAUUCUUUGAGGGGUUGAAUUGGGCACUUAUACGUUGCGCGAUUCCUCCAGAACUACCGGAGUUUUAUGAUUUUGGGGUUCCCAGCUUGGUAUCUGAAAAGAGCAAGUAUUUGGAGUGUAAUGCCACAGGAGAGCACCUUGAGUUUGAGUUAUUUUAGACUAAGUUGGAGUAAGUUCCCUUGUUGUAACUGUACGUAGCUUGUAGAGCAUUGUAGUAAAGCUGUCACCAGAUUUUGAAAUUCCAGACCUCAAAAUGCUUCUAUUACCAAAUUGGCACUAGUAAAUAUUUUGCUUCAA